AUGGAGGCCCAAGACAUGGCUCAGUCCCUCCGGGCCCCUAAAUGUUCGCGCUGCCGGAACCAUGGCUUUGUAGUACCAGUGAAGGGCCAUGCAGGCCAUUGCCGUUGGAAGCAGUGCCCAUGUGAGAAAUGUGCUCUCAUCACUGAGCGCCAGAAGAUCAUGGCUGCUCAGAAGGCCUUGAAGAGACAGGGACCAGAUUCACCACCUAGGGAAACAGUGCCACCAACUCAAUGCAGCCCCAGUGAUGAACAAGUGGCUAUAACAGCUGGCAGUAGAAAGGGAUCAAGACUGGACAUCCCAGAAUCCCAGACUCAGGGGCCUGUUGUUGAUGAAGGAGCCAAGGUGACUUCAGCAGUUAGCCACAGCGCUAGAAGAGGAGCUAACCGGACGCCACCCAAACCUAGCUCUCCAACCUUCAUAGAUUUAGACCAUCCUACUUUGCCUCAAGAAUGUGCUGCUGUGUGCCCAGAAUUCAUGGAGAGAGAGCCUCCCAAAGUGUAUCCUGGAUAUUCUGGGAUGUACCCUUACCAUCCAUUUUCUGUGGGAUUCACCAUCAACCAACCAGGCUACAGAGGCCCACCACCUGCCCCUGUUUUACCCAUGCAGACAAGUUUCAGACACUUUCCUAGCAGUCAUGGGCCAGGGACUGUUACUUCUAUGCCAAUACAAGAUGCGGGUGGAGAUUUCCGGCCAAGUUAUUAUACUCCACUAUCACCUUUUAUACCUCGGGGCUUUCUGCCAGGGAUUCAUUAUAUUCCACCACCACUUCAAUUUAAUGUUGUGGCUGAAGCUACAAAGGAAACAUCUGCUGUCACUGCAGAUAGCCAGAAUUCUGGAGUGAUAUGUGAACACAGUCAUCUGUCUUCUGAGGAAGACGCCAGUGGAGAUUGCUCUUCAUAUUCCAAGCAUUAA